AUGGACAAUUCAGAUCAUCGCUCCAAACGUCGCCGAGUACAGAGUCUGUCGACGCAGGACGUCAGCACUCCCGAGAAUAAUUUUAUCUAUUCGCCCAUCGACUCCUCGUCGGAUGAGCUAGCGGCUGCCUCCGACCAUGACGAGCAGCGUCGUCGCGUCAGCUGGACUGCGCAAAAGGUGUACCCUCCUAAACGACCCUACCGUCGAACGCGGAGCUUCAGCGGCUCAGAAUCUCCUGAUGAACUGGCCGUCGAUGCCGACGUCUACUGGCGGUCCCGCAACCGCGGACGCAGCCCGUCGCACUCUGAGACCAGCGCCCAGGAGCAGUCGCCGGAGCGCUAUCAGGAUGACGAGCUUGAGGUAGAUGAGGAGGAGAGUGCGGGGAGUGCAGAAGUUGACCAGGAGUAUUCGGACCGGUCGCCUACGCCAGUGCCUCCGCCGGCCCCUCCGCCGCCGCCCAAGCCGGAGAAACUGACUUAUCAGCAAAAGUUCUUGCUCAGAGGGCAUCUGCGGGGGGUAUCGGCGGUGCGGUUUUCUCCAGAUUCCACCAUGAUUGCCAGUGGGGGGGCCGACGGAGCCGUCAAGGUUUGGGAUACGCGCAGCGGGAAGCUCAUCCAUACAUUUGAGGGACAUUUGGCGGGUAUUUCCACUAUAUCCUGGAGUCCGGAUGGGGCUACGAUUGCGUCGGGGUCGGAUGACAAGACCAUCCGGCUGUGGAAUGUGUUGACGGUAUUGCCUUUUGUCUACGUCUCCCAUUUGACCCAACUAAUGUCUCUCUUCCAUUGGCAGGGCAAAGCUCAUCCGAUUCCAUUCGUUGGCCACCACAACUACGUAUAUCAAAUUGCCUUCUCCCCAAAGGGUAACAUGUUGGUCAGCGGAUCUUACGAUGAAGCGGUCUUUCUGUGGGAUGUUCGGUCCGCCAGCGUGAUGCGGUCGCUACCGGCGCACUCUGACCCGGUCGGCGGUAUUGACGUCGUCUGGGACGGGACGCUCAUCGUCUCAUGCGCCACGGACGGGUUGAUUCGGAUCUGGGACACGGCGACGGGCCAGUGUCUGCGAACGCUUGUGCACGAGGACAACCCGCCGGUGACGGCGGUCAAGUUUUCGCCCAACGGCAAGUUCGUGCUCGCCUGGACGCUGGACGACUGCGUGCGGCUGUGGAACUACGUCGAGGGUCGAUGCAUCAAGACCUACCAGGGCCACGUGAAUCGGAAAUACAGCUUGUUAGGUGGGUUUGGGAUCUACGGGCUGCCGGGGGCGCCGCCGGAAGCGUUUGUGGUCAGUGGAAGCGAGGACGGAUCGAUCCUUUGCUGGGACGUGGUGAGCAAGAAGAUACUGCAGCGGCUGGAGGGGCAUAAUGGGGUGGUCCUGGGCGUGGAUACAUGCAUCCUGGGGGAGCAGCGGCUCAUGGUGAGCUGCGGACUGGAUGGGACAGUGCGGGUCUGGGAGGAGGUGGAGGAGGCAGCCGAAAGUGAUGAGGUCGAUGUGAAAGCUGAAGUGAACGGGGAGGACGCUGGCGAUGGUGGCAAUGCCGAAAAUGGAGUCGUCGCAGACGAAGCAGUGAACGAUCUCCCAGUCGAAGCUACGCCGCAAACCGACGAGGGGGACGGCACUGACGAGAACAAAGAUCAAGAUGGCGACACACUGAUGCAAUGA